UUUUAGUAAUAGAGCCAACCUCUUGGAGGCAAUAUGUCCAAGUUGAUUUUGUACGGAACAGAGGCUAGUCCUCCAGUUCGGGCCGCCAAAUUGACCUUGGGCGCCCUCGGUAUUCCCUACGAAUACGUCAAAAUAAAUACCCGGGCCAAGGAGACCCUUUCGCCUGAGUUCUUGCGAAAGAAUCCGCAGCACACGGUGCCCACUUUGGAGGACGAUGGCCACUUCAUCUGGGACUCACAUGCAAUCAGCGCUUAUCUGGUGUCCAAGUAUGGCCAGAGUGACACUCUUUAUCCGAAGGAUCUGCUCCAGCGGGCUGUGGUGGAUCAGCGAUUGCACUUCGAGUCCGGAGUGGUCUUUGUCAACGGACUGAGAGGCAUCACCAAGCCACUCUUUGCGUCCGGCCAGACCACGAUUCCCAAGGAGCGUUACGAUGCCGUCAUAGAGAUCUACGACUUUGUGGAGACUUUCCUUACCGGACAUAAUUUCAUUGCCGGAGAUCAACUGACCAUAGCGGACUUUAGCCUCAUCACAUCGAUCACCGCACUGGCGGUAUUCGUGGACAUCGAUCCAGUGAAAUAUGCCAAAACAACUGCGUGGAUCAAGAGGAUUGAGGAACUACCUUAUUACGAGGAGGCAUGUGGCAAAGGUGCCCGCGAUUUGGUGGCCCUACUCAAGAAAUUCAAUUUUACCUUCUCAACUUAAUAUUUCCUGCUUCAUAUAUAGCGAAUUGAAUAUUCCUUAAGCUGAAUUAAGAUAUAUAAUAAAAACAUUUCUACAAACUCAUAUAAGGCAACAUGGCGUACACAUGAUCAUGCAGAAGACUUUUGUUUUCUGUUUUUAGUUAUUAAGUACAUUGUUAAGUACAAUUAGUUUACCAAUAAUUCAGCUUGCAAGCUGGGCUCCUGGGCUCCUUCUAUACAAUGUAAAAUAAUAUAUAUAAUUGUAUAUAAUGUAAUAUAUAAUUGUAAUUGGCCAAGAGCACAAAGAAAUCAAAUGCGAAAUAUCUUAGCUUUGAAGCUCUAGAAAAAUGGCGAACAGAAAACAUUUUUAUUGAUUAAUUAUAUGCUUUUAGCUUAUUCAUUAAUAAUAGUUUUAUUUCCCCAGUAAAAUAAACUCACGCAAAAGCACAAAAAUUCCAAAAGCUUUCCUAAAAAUUACACAGGGCUAACAUGAUAUUAGCACCUUAAUUACACAAGUCAUGCAACCGAAUAUCUCAACUAUUCUGUCAUAAAAAUAACUAGUGGAAAAUUAUUUUUAAUAUAAUAAUAUCUUAUGAUUUCGAUUAUAAGCAGUUUUAAAAAUCUUAACAUUGUUCUGCUGUAAGGAGACAGAUCGAAUAGGUCAAGUGGAAGAAUUUUC